AUGUGGGAGUACUUGAAAAAGAUCUAUCAUCACGAUCAUUACGCCCAGCGAUUUCAGUUGGAAACUGAUCUUGCUGCCUAUUCCCAAGGUACACUCUCUGUUCAGGAAUAUUUCUGUGGUUUUCAAAAUCUUUGGGCUAAAUUUUCUAACAUUGUGUAUGCCAACGUGUCGGCCGAGUCCCUCUCUACUGUUCAACCAGUCCAUGAAGUUAGCAAAAGAGACCAAUUUUUAAUGAAACUAAGGUUAGAAUUCGAGUCUAUUCGCUCCAACCUGAUGCACAGGGAUCCUUCAACAUCUCUUGACAUGUGUUUUGGAACACUUCUUCGAGAGGAACAACGUCUUCUUACUCAAUCUUCGCUUCCGCAAGAGAAUGUUGUCGCAUACGCUGCUCAAGGCAAAGGGAGGGUUCGAGACAUGCGUAUAGUUUAG